GAGAGAAAGAACCAAAUCAGGAAGUGUGAGAGAGCAGGGCCGGCUGGCUCGGAGCUGAGCAGUGUCCCCUUGCAGGGAGCUGGAGAGGACACUAUCUGCCCCCCACCCACGCCCCCCGCCCUCCCAGCUCCAGGGGUGGCGCAAGGCCCCCCCACCCCCACAGCUGGCCCAGCCUCGGGGGUCCCCGGGGGGGGGCCCCGUGGCCACCAGGAUGUUAUGCGCACAGCCUGUGGAUGACAGUGCGUGCUGAAAGCUCAGUGGGUGCCACGCUCUUCCACAAGCCUACAAACCACCACCGCAGCUGAGAUGGGCUCAGCUCCUGGACUUGCCACAGACAGUAAACAUAACAGACGCUCGCCCCGGAGAGUCUCUGGCUGAUCCACAGCGGCUCAGAGCACUGGGCAGAAGGCGGCCAGCCAGCCGGGGGCAGGAGAUGCAGAGCACUGUCAAUUACCUAUGGCACACCGACGACCUGCUGGGGCAGGGGGCCACUGCCAGUGUGUACAAGGCCCGAAACAAGAAAUCCGGGGAGCUGGUUGCCGUGAAGGUCUUCAACACCGCCAGCUACCUGCGACCCCGCGAGGUGCAGGUGAGGGAGUUUGAUGUCCUGCGAAAGCUGAACCACCAGAACAUCGUCAAGCUCUUUGCGGUGGAGGAGACGGUGGGUCCAGUGCUUGGUCAGAGGGAGGUGGUCUUGUCCUUGACCCACACAGGCUGGAAAGACUCAGGUCACAGAAUCAUGGAGACGUGGUCACAUGCUUGUCAGCAGGGGGGCAGCCGGCAGAAGGUGCUGGUGAUGGAGUACUGCUCCGGUGGGAGCCUGCUGAGCGUGCUCGAAAGCCCCGAGAACGCCUUCGGGCUGCCGGAGGAUGAGUUUCUGGUGGUGCUGCGCUGUGUGGUGGCCGGCAUGAACCACCUGCGGGAAAACAGCAUUGUCCACCGCGACAUCAAGCCUGGAAACAUCAUGCGCCUCAUGGGGGAGGAGGGGCAGAGCAUCUAUAAGCUGACGGACUUCGGGGCCGCCCGGGAGCUGGAUGACGAUGAGAAGUUUGUCUCUGUCUAUGGCACUGAGGAGUACCUGCACCCUGACAUGUAUGAACGGGCAGUGCUUCGCAAGCCCCAGCAGAAGACAUUUGGGGUGACCGUGGAUCUCUGGAGCAUUGGGGUAACCCUGUACCACGCAGCCACCGGCAGCCUGCCCUUCGUCCCCUUCGGUGGACCACGGCGCAACAAGGAGAUGAUGUACCGGAUCACCACGGAGAAGCCGGCCGGGGCCAUCGCAGGCACUCAGAGGCGGGAGAACGGGCCCCUGGAGUGGAGUUACACCCUCCCCAUCACCUGCCGGCUGUCCAUGGGGCUGCAGAGCCAGCUGGUGCCCAUCCUGGCCAACAUCCUGGAGGUGGAGCAGGCCAAGUGCUGGGGCUUCGACCAGUUCUUUGCGGAGACCAGUGACAUCCUGCAGCGAGUUGUUGUCCAUGUCUUCUCCCUGUCUCAGGCGGUCCUGCACCACGUCUACAUCCAUGCCCACAACACGGUAGCCAUCUUUCUGGAAGCCGUGUACAAGCAGACCAGUGUGGCCCCCCAGCAUCAGGAGUACCUCUUUGAGGGUCACGUCUGUGUCCUUGAGCCCAGCCUCUCAGCGCAACACAUCGCCCACACGACAGCAAGCAGCCCCCUGACCCUAUUCAGCAUGGCCAGCGAGACCCCCAAGGGGCUGGCCUUCAGGGACCCCGCUCAGGACAUCCCCAAGUUCUUCCCCAAAGUGGAUCUGCAGGCGGAUUACAGCACUGCCAAGAGCGUGUUGGGCGCUGGCUACCAGGCCCUGUGGCUGGCGCGGGCCCUGCUGGCCGGGCAGGAACUAAUGCUUCGGGGGCUGUACUGGUUCGUGGAGAUGCUCCAGGCCACAUGCAGGCGGACGCUGGAGGUCACGCGGAUGGCCCUCCUGUUCCUCAGCAGCAGCCUGGGCACUGAGAGGUUCAGCAGUGUGGCUGGGAUGCCUGAAAUGCAGGAACUGAAGAGAGUCACAGAGCUGAGGUCCAAGCUGCGGGCUUUGGCUGAGGCCCUCUCCAGAUAUGCCCACGAUAUCACAGAGACCCAGAUGAGCCUAAACAACCUGAGCUCUGAGCUGAUGAAGAACCGGGAUCAGGUACAUGCGGACAGAAGCAUCCAGCAGAUUCAGUGCUGUUUGGACAAGAUGAACCUCAUCUACAAACAGUUCAAGAAAUCCAGAAUGAGGCCAGGCCUCGGCUACAACGAGGAGCAGAUUCACAAGCUGGAUAAGGUGAAUUUCGGUCAUUUAGCCAAAAGGCUCCUGCAGGUAUUCCAGGAGAAGUGCGUGCAGAAGUACCAGACGUCUCUAGUCACGCACGGCAAGUGGAUGAGGGAGGUGCACGAGACCAGGAUCCACUUGCGUAUGGUCAGCUGUUCUGUGGCUGCCUUUAACACAGAAGCCCAGGGAGCCCAGGAGAGCCUCAGCAAGAUCCUUGACCAGUUAUCUCACCAGCUCCUUCAGGACAGAACAAUGGGGGCUCAGGUCUCAGCACCCCCCACAGCUCCCCACCCCAGCCCUGCACUGACAGACCUGGUUCUGCACAUGCAGGAGCUCUGCGAGGAGGUGAAGCUGCUGGCCUUCGACCUUCAGGACAACAACCGCAUCAUUGAAGGGUUAAGUAGGCCCCCGUCGGCCCCUGACUCCUGAGGUCCGAGCUCCAUGGGGUGCACGACAUCCUGAAGCAUUAGAAUCAUUCAAAGCCCGCUCUCCUGCCUGCAGUGCAGGACCUAACACAGGAUGAUGUCUGGUCCCAUCUCAUCAGCCUACCUCUCUCCCGGCCAACAGCUGGGAGAUGUCACCAGCAUUACUUUCCACUGCCUCUCUGCCGGAAGCAGCACAGUAGGACCUGGGGUGCCAGGCCAUCUCCGACAGGCCCCACUGCCUGGGCUGAACUUUGUGUCUCUCUCACACAGGCUCAGGUACGGCUCCUCCGUCUCCCGGGCCUGUGUGGCUAAAGCUGGCAGGCCGCCUUGGGGGAGAAGAGACUCAGAUCACUCCCAUCGAUCUGCCCACCCACCUCUUCUGGUUUACGGGGCUUCACUUCUCAGGGAACAGAAGAGGAGGCCUCCAGGGGUUCCCCUAGGAUGCUAGGUCAAGCGACCUAAUUUCAGUCUUCCUUCCUCUUAAGGGGUUUCCCAGGGAACAUACAACCCUCCCCUCUCCUACGAUUUCUGGGGCUCCCCACCCUCAGACCCAGGCAUUCCAGAGCCUGAUUUUGCCUCUACUCUUGGUCUGGCAGAGCCUGGCAGGGUUGAGAGAAUGGGUGGUCAAGGCCAGGUGCUAGGUCCCCGGGGACCCUUGCCCUCCUCAUUCUGCCCGAGGCACUGCCGGGCUCUGGGAGACGCAGCCAGCCACUGUCAACAGUGAGCACAGGCCCGUAAGCCCAGUGCCCAAAGGAGAUAAGAGGCCUGCACCUUGAAGAAGUGGAAUAAAUGUGGCGUGGCCUUCUUUUUCUCUA